AUGUCGUCCGCAAAACCAACUUCGAGCGAGAAUGCCGUUAGCCAGAAAUAUGACCGGUGCUUGGCGGACCUGGUUGUGAAAGCUGGUCUAGGAUUCAGUGUAGGCGUAGUUGCAUCGGUCGUAUUCUUUCGUAGGCGCACCUUGCCGAUAGGCAUUGGUCUUGGCUGGGGGCUCGGUGCGGCAUAUGCAGACUGUGAUCGGCUUUUCACCCCUCGCGAACCCGGCGCAAGACUUGCCGUGCUUCCGCCCGCUCCGGCGAGUUCGACUGUAGCGACACCAUCGGUGGACCCUCACGGACAGCAUACUGUAUGA